AUGCAAAAUAAUGGUAAAAGAUAUCGUAUCAAUGGUAGGGAAGAUCGAAUAAGCUUAUUACCAGAUCUUCUUCUUGGUAAGAUACUCUUGAAUCUUCCUACAAAAGAUGUUGUUAAGACAAGUCUUUUGUCCAUUAGAUGGAGAUCACUUUGGCGUUCGGUUCCCAAGUUAGAUCUCGAUGACAAUGAAUUCCCUGAUUACAAUUCCUUUGUGAAUUUUGUCAAUAGAUUUGUUUUCCCUGUUGAGACACCGAUUGAAAACCUCAAGCUUACUUCCAAGAGAGAAAAGAUUGAUCCCUUGGCUAUCAAGUCAUGGGUGGAUGCAGCGGUUACACGUAAACUUCAACAUCUUGAGAUUAAUUUUCUUAAGAGAUAUGAUGGUUUUGAUCUUCUGCCUAUAAGGAUCUUUGUCUGCCAGACUUUGGUAUGCUUGAGACUUCGUUGCAUGUUCUUUAAUGAGUUGAACCAUAUUUCUUUACCGCGUCUUAAGACAAUGCAUUUAGAAGAAGUUAGGUUCAAAAAUCCUGCGACUCUAGAGGCACUUAUCGUGUCUUGUCCUGUUCUUGAGGAUUUGAGCAUAGUUAGAAGUCAAGAUGAUUUGAAGGUCAUCCGAGUGGGCUCUCAGACAAUAAAUACUCUCAAUCUGGUUCGCAGUGAUGAUGUUACUAACCAUUUUGAUAUUGACAAGUGGGAAGUUGUGAUUUAUUGCCCUAGAAUCAAGUAUUUAAGUCUUAAAGAUAAUAAAUCCGAUAGUUUUAAGAUAUAUAGCUUGUCUUCACCUGCCAAGGUAGAUAUCGCUGUUGAUUUCAAUGUGAAAGGUGUUUUGGAUCCAAAUGACUUGGAAAAGAGAAGUAGCAUUGGUAAUUUUCUCGGCAGGAUCUCGAGUGUCAAGGAUAUGACCAUAUGUUGGAAUACUCUUAAGGUUAUCCAUCAAUACUCGAAACAAGAACCCAUACCUCAGUUUUAUAACAUGUCUCAUUUGCAUGCUAAAAUCUUUGCUGAUGAUUUGGAAAUGUUGCCUGACCUUCUCAAUAGCUGUCCAAAUCUCAAAUCACUCGUCGUGGAGCUGAAUGUUUCCACUAGGAAGAAAGAGCAAAUUCGUUUCUCAUAUGUGCCUUGGUGUUUGUGGUCAAGACUCGAGAGCAUCGAGAUGAAAAAUCCAAUUGGUGGAGUUGGAGUAGAAAUGAAACUAAUAAAGUAUUUCCUUGAAAAUUCAGCAAGCCUCAAGAAACUUACUAUAUGUUUGGGAGGUCGUAGUAUGAAGGAAGAGUAUAUCAUCUUCAAGGAACUCCUGAGGUAUCGAAGAUGCUCUAGCGCGUGUGAAGUCCACGUUGUUGGACUCGAAGAGACGUUGAUGAAACUAUGAUUGAUGAGAUUGUGUUUCAAUACAGUCUAAGCUUCUUCUCUCUUCUCUUGUAUUCAUUUGGAAUCUUCAAUAAAAUCAUGAAAUCUUUCAGGCAUAAUGUGUCUGUUUAGUUUUGAACUUCUCUUAGAGAUGUGUCUGAUUCUAGAACUUGCCAUUUGGUGCUGUGGAAGAUUUUAAUAGUUGAGUCUGAGUUGUAAUAUAUUUUAAAAUUUGUGAAAUAUAAUAGU